CAGACCAGACUCCUUCCCCCCGCCCCGUAUUUCUCUCUCCUCUUCCAUCCCAAACCCUCUCUCUCUCUCUCUCCUCUCUCUCUUUCUCUCUAGAGCUUUGAGUGUGAUUCGUGAUUCGAUUCAAUGGCGAAGUACGGCGAGGGCGACAAGCGGUGGAUCGUGGAGGACAGGCCCGACGGAGCCAACGUCCACAACUGGCACUGGGCCGAGACCGACUGCCUCGGCUGGUCACGUGACCUCCUCAACAAGCUCCUCAACAACCUCACCGUCCUCGACGGCGAAGGCAACCUACACCUCAGGACCAAGACCGUCGACAAGGUCGACGGCGAAGCCUACGUCAACGUCCGGAAAGGGAAGAUCAUCCCGGGAUACGAAAUCAGCCUCAGUCUGUCGUGGGAGGGCGAGGCGAAGGACGGCGACGGGAAGUCCCUGCUGAAGGUUGACGGAGCUGUGGAGAUUCCGUAUAUUUCGGAUGAGAACGCCGACGAGGACCCGGAGGUUAAGGUUUCGGUGAAGGAUGAGGGGCCAAUUGGGAGGAGGAUUAAGGAGGCGAUGGUGGCGAAGGGGAAGCCGUUGAUUUUGGAGAAGGUUAGGGUUUAUGUGGAGAGUAUGGCGAAGGGCGGGCCGGCGAAGGAGGAAGUCGAGGCUAAGAAGAUUGCGCCGAAGAGUAAUUCGACGGCCGCGGUGACUGCGGCAACGGCGACAAAGGAGGUGGUUGUGGAGAAGGAGGUGAAGAAGAAGGAGAGCAAGAAAGGGUUCAAGACGAUUAAUUUGACUGAGAAGUUCAGUUGCAGGGCGAAAGAUAUGUUUGAGAUUUUGAUGGAUGAGAACAGAUGGAAGGGUUUUACGCAGAGCAAUGCGAAGAUAAGCAAGGAGGUAGGAGGGCCGAUUAGUAUUUUUGAUGGGUCGGUGACCGGUACGAAUUUGGAGUUGCAGAGUGGGAGUUUGAUUGUGCAGAAAUGGAGAUUUGGGAGCUGGCCUGACGGGAUUGAUUCGACGGUGAGGCUUACACUUGAAGAACCUGAACCUGGGCUCACUGUUGUUAAACUAACACAUACGGACAUUCCUGAUGAAGACAGAUAUGGGAACGCGACUGUGGUGGAGAAUACGGAGAGAGGAUGGCGGGAUCUUAUCUUCCAGCGGAUAAGGGCAGUUUUUGGUUUUGGCAUUUAAGAUAUUCAAGUUGGGUUUCUCUUGCAAUUGUGGAAUUUGUUGAUUUUGGAAAGCAUGAAUUAAAUGUUGGAUUAAUUUACAAUGCUACCUAUCAAAAUCAUUUUCUGAGUCUAAUGUUACAAUGUCUUGCACUGUCAUUGAUGAGCAGAUUUUCGUCGUAAUCUAUUUUUUAGUCCUCUCAAGAUUUCAAUAACUAAAAUUCUUUUGGCAUUUAGUGUGAAUUUUGUAGGAUUUGUCUCAUUGCAAUGGAUUGAUUUCUUGUACUUGUA